CGUCAUUUGCUGCUCCGACGGCAAGCGUCCACGUAGCCGCAUCGCCCGCUCUCGCCCAGCAGACAGCAGACCGCUGGCCGCGCGCGUGCAGUGAGUGACAGAGGGAAAGACAGCCAGCCAGAGAGGAGGCACCCCAGCAGCAUGCGGCCCGCCCCCGCGCUCUCCGCCCUCGCCGCCUCCGCCUGCCUGCUGCUGAUCGCCUCCAGGCACAGCAGCUUCGUCGACUCGGCGCCCGUCGACGAGCAGCCUCGUCAGCAGUCGCAGCCCCUCUCCGGUGCAGAAACAGCCGAAGAUCAACCGCAAGCGAACUUCGACGAGGUGAAGCAGCUCGAAGACCUGAAGAAUUCCUUCGGCAAGACGUUCUCGGUGCUGAAGUCACACUCCGCCACCUACUCCGACGUGAACGGGGAGCGGCGCGCCCACUCGCAGACCGACGAGGAGGCGCGUGAAGACGGGCGCGUGGUGGCGCACCUGAGCAAGACCUCGGAAGGGGAGGCGGCGGUGGGGGCGACGCCCUCGACGCGGACGCGCGUCGAGCUGAGCCUGCCGCAGCUGGGCGUGCACGCAGUCACCGGGGAUUCCCCCCAGCAGCAGCCGCGCCAGCCGGGGAAUAACCAGGAGGCGUCGCGAGCUGCGGCCGCCGCCAUGCCGCCACAGCAGCGCCGCAGGGCGCCCCCAGAGACCGCGGGUGACAAAUUGUCAUCGUAUGCCGGGAUCCAGUAUUCACCACAAGACAUGGCAGAGUACGUGUUCUGGACCGGAGAUGAGAAGGGAGUGACGCUGGCCAUUGAAGAGUUCUUGCAGGAAGGACUGAUGACACGGGAGGAGGCGAUCCGUUUCCUUCAGGACAUCAAGCUUAACCUGGACCUGCUGCAGCAGCAGUUCUCCCAGCAGAAACAGCAGGAGCAGCAGAUGGCCAAGGAUCGGGCUACCCUCCUUCAGAAGGCACUGGGUCUCGACAAGCCAGAAGUUCCGGUGACUUCAGAACCCAAACUGCUCCCGCAGGACAAUGAAGUACUGCAGAAUGACAAGAAGAAUACUGGCUCACAUAUUGAAACCAACAAAAUUUCUGACAGUUCCGAUGAGGACUACGAGGAGCUGCUGGAGAGGUUGAAGGUGGUGGACUUCCUCUACACGGAGUACUCGCUGGAAGAGGUCAUUUACCAGCUGGCCAAGAUCAUGUUCACACAGUCUCUCACCAGGGGGAGUGCUGAGGCCCAGAGUGCACUACAGAAGUUCACGGCAUUCCUGGAGGCAGAGGCAGAGCAGGGACACAUCUCACGCAGCCUCGAGAAGAAGGUUCUCGAUGUGCUGAUAGCAUCACUGACGGACACGCUGUCAGAAAAGCCGCAGCUGCUGGCCGCGGCUCGCGAAGGCCUGGCCAACGGUGCACCCCUCCACACGGCUCCCGCUCCCGGUGGCCUCAGUGCCGGCAGCGCGGGUGGGGCCAGUGCUAAGGAUCAGAUGCUGCUGCGUCAGCUACUGAGCCUCGCGCCCACGGCACAGCCGGGAUCGUCGCGCGGACGGCACGGCGGAGAGGGCGAAGUUGCCGGUGACGCUCGGGCCGGCUCCGAGGUGGGAGCACGUGCCCACUCUACAACCUAGACGGCUGGGAGAUGCAGUGUGCAGUUCCCAGUUACCUCCCCACUCUCUUGUCUCCUUGCCCCCUCUCACGACUGUUUGCUUUUCUGCAUUUUGCAUUAUUUGCUUACUUAAUCCAGCCCAUAUUUGCUACAGGUAAUGAACUGUUAUAAAAGACAUAUGGACCAUGCGUAGACAAAGCAUAUUCCCUCAAUAUCAUGAUCAUCAUUUUACUAGAAAUAAUAAUCUCCAUAAUUUUAGAACGGGAACUUGUAGGUGGGUCCAUAUUUUUCUGAAAAUAGCUUUUCCACAGUUACUAUUUAUUGUUUAUAUUUCAUUAUUUGCAAAUUGUUUCAGGGGUCCAGCCCCAUUCCCAAGUUGUAACCGAUCGAGCUGCCCACAGUCAGACUCGAUGGUGGCCAGUUACAGUGCCAUGUUCAAGGUUGACAUCUUGGCCAGUUAUAGGAAGAUCCAGGCUCGUGUCUGUAUUAUUGAUCUAUCUGUCACAGCACUAGCACGGGGAGGGUGGCAAGUCUCUUGCCCCGGUCUCCCUUUACAUCCAGAAAAGAUUCACAGCACUCACUGUGACAGCAUCAAAAAUUUCCACCCUUACCCAGGUUUGAACCCAUAAACCCACCCUCCCACUGUCAAUGUCAACAAUUAUCAAGAAAACUAAAUGGCAGGAAAACAUUCAGGCCCUAUGAUUCAAGAAGAUAUCUGGAUGCACCAGAAAGAUUGUACUGCCUAACAGAAAUAUUUAGUUUAAUUACAAAGAAAAGACAUCUAAAAUUUCAUGGAUGUAUAUCAUGAAUCAGUGACAUAAUUAACAGAGAAUCUUUGUCAUAGUAAAGGUAACCUGAAAAAUCAAAGUACAAUAGCUAGUCAACAAUCGGGAAAAAUCUCAAGGAAGUCACAGAUGGCAUUGUAAGUUCAUGCCCAAACAACUGGCAGAAAGAAGUCUGAAAAUGAAAAAUGUAUGGACCUAGGACAAUAAUGGAAGUAGGAAGAAGUUUUGUUAGGAUGUAAUGACUAAAGCUAACUAGUCAUUGCACGUCCUCUAUAAAAGCCCAAACGUAUAAAUAAUAAUAUUAUUAAACAAUAAAUGUUAGCUGUGGAACUUCCUAUUUGUAGAAAAAUGUUGUGUCUUGUCUCUACAAUCCACUUGCCUGCAAUUCUCUUAUAAUUUCUCCCUGCCUUUCAUACACAAUUUUCCUCUUCCUUCCUUCCAAACAAUGUUGUCCCCAAAAAAAUCUUAAUAGACCUUUUAUGCCGUCUUCUAGUUGUUUUUUGAGAGCUCUCUCUGGAUUUAUUCCUUUUAGUACAAUUUCAUUUGUUGUUCACUCUGUCAGACUGGUUUUGGUCAUCUUCCUCCAUAACCACACUCCUGCUGCUUCUAGAUAUUUUAUAUCACACAGGUUAAUUCCUACAGAACAGGAAAUCAGCAACAGGUCAUUGUUAAUAAUGCUGUUUAUUGAGAACAAUCGCUGCUGAUUUACUUGUUUGCAAGAGUUAACCUCUAUUUUUACACAGCCAUUAUCUCACUAUGUCAGUUUUCAACAAAACAGCAUUUCACAUAAUACUUCAACAGAGUUCAGUUUUUAUAGCCAUACAAUAGCAUAUAUCAUAUGUAGUAAACCUCCUUGUCACAGAACAUAAAUUACUACUUUAAGAAUAGUUUCAUUUCAUAACUGAGAAAGUAUCAACACACUUCCUAUACAUUAAAAAUACAAUACUAUUCUGUUGCCUUGUACCAACUCUUUAUGCAAUGUGACAACAUGUAAAACUGACCCAGUACGUGCUUCAAAGCUUCGAGAGAGAAACUUGAAUUUUACAGCUUCAGAUUUACCUUUCAAAGAAUGAAACACAGAUAUUUUUCCCCUCACUCAUAGUCUCUCCUCUGCAUUUCACUUCCUUCUGUCAGUAUGUACGCCUCUUACUCUCUUUGUGAUAGUGAUUUUUCUUCUUUGACAUUUAUCGCCCCUGUGUUGCGCCUUUAGCUACUGAAUCCUCCAGCUAUUUACCGGGCAAGGAGACACAACAAGCAAAGUGAAAUAUUGUUCUUUCCUGAUUUUUCCUUAUUUGCUGAGUAUAGUAAACAUUGAGUUAUUCUGUCCUAGAAGAGUCCAGUUUUAGUUCCAGUGCUUUCCAUAAAUGUAACUUCCUGUGAACAUGUACAAAAUUUUAUUAAUAAUAUGCAACCAGUAAAUAUCUAUGGUUCUAUAGCUAUGAAAAUAUUGGCUAAAAUUAUAUGAAUAAAUCAAAAUACUACAAACAUUUUUCAUCCAUAUACUAUAUCACAUCAAUGUCUAAAGUAAAUUUAUGAAAAAUGCACCAGAUCAUUAUUCUUUCAGCUAUUAUACACUAAAGAAAAAUCUGUACAAUGUGUAUGAUAUAAGUUUAAGUUUAGGAUGUUUCUGUGCGAGAUAAUCAGAUCACAUUCCAGAACUUUUUUUUUUCGAUUGCCUGAAAUAGCAAAUUAUGUAUGCAGUGUAGCUGAAACCAUUGCUAGCAUUUCCAGUUUAGCAUAGCUGCAACUUCCAUACCUCUGUAUCAGUGUACCAGAGCAAUUUUCUUGGUGUAGUGCCAUAUCUUUUUUUAAAAUUUAAGUAGGUUGUAAAAAUACAUGUUAUUUUCUUAGAAAUUCUAUAUUUUAUUACCGGAACAGUGAAGUAGUAAAUGUAAGCAUUUAUUACUCUUGUAUAACAUAACUUAAAUAUUUUGAAUAGAUAUGAGCAUCAGUAAUGCAGUCUAUGGUUUUUUGAUUAGAGUUAAGUGAAUUACAGCCAUCAGACAUUAGUACAACUUUCUGUGUGUCUUUCGCAACCACGAUGUUAAAUCAUUCCAUCAUUGUUUUCAAGUCAAGUGAAAGUUGCGUAUCCUCCUUCUAGAUAAUAAAUAAAUAUGCAUGGAAGACAAAUAAUAUUAUUUCUAUGAAAGUUUGUCAGUUACCAUUAUAGUUCAUUUGCAGCAGCACUAUUAAUUAUUACAAAAAUAAUUUUCUCAUGCAAGAGGAACUAUACAAGAACAGAAGGACGUCCAUUUAAUUUCAUAUUUCACAAUUCCAUCUGUACAAAAAUUGUAACUAUAUAAAAUUUGCAUAUAUAUUAGAUUCAAUACUUACCCUGGUGAAAUGCAGUAAGAAGGCAAUUUUUACAAAGUGCAUGACAAAUUAUAUCUGCCAGAAUAUUUCAAUUGCCACCUAUGUACCAGCAAUGAGUUUUCCUUCUUUUCUGCCUAUGAACAUGCAGGGUAAAAGCACUCUGUGGUGCUGAUAA